AUGGGCGACAUACUUACACAAAUUCAAGACGAGCUGGACAUGCCGCAAACCCUCUGCUGCACCGCCCGCGCCCCCUCCCCAGCCCUCCCAAGAAGAAUUCCAAAAGAUAUAGCGGAAUUGAGUAGAGAUAUGGUGCUCAAGGAGCAGCAGAUCGAAGUGCUGAUUGCAAGUUUGCCAGGCUUGGAUAAGAGUGAGGCGGAACAGGUGGCGCGGAUGAAGGAGUUGGAGAAAGAACUGGAGGGAUUGGAGGGGGAGAGGCUGAGGGCGGUUGAGGAGAAGGAGGCUCUGGUGAAGAAGGUGGAGGGGAAAAUUCUCAAGGCGGGGAAGAUGGGGUCAUGA